GCAACCAGCCUCUUCCGCUUCACCUCCACCAAAUUCGCCUCACCACCACUAUCCUCCUCUCUACUCCACCCUUCGCUGGUCUUCCCAGGCUGACUGGCCUGACCACUCUCUGCCUGGUCUUCGCAUAAUAUUCGUGGCUUAGGCCCGUCCCAUCCCAUACAUUUAACUCCUUUGAUAGCGGGUAGUUCUGCCGCGCAGUGAUAAAUAGCCAGUCCAAGGUCGGUAGGCGACAGAAAUACGCAGGACAAACAGCCGGCAACUCGCUUACUCUUUCGUACCAGACUAGCUCAGGAUUCUCAGGACUUCGAAGAAUUCCCUAGUGCUUACCUCUCCGUGCGUCACCCACGUUUUGUAUCCUAAUAAACGCGUUUAACUAAGCUCCACGCGGAUGCGAGCUUACUAAGCGAUGUCAGGCAAGCCGAGCUCGAGCGCGUUCGACAAAGUGCGCGGCGGGAAGCUGGUCUUUAAAGGCGUGGGCGACGUGAGCAAGCUGAUAAAGAAGAAAAAACACAAGAAGCACAAGAGGACUACGGACGCCGAGAACGAUCCCACAGGCGGCGGAGAAGGAGGAAACCCCGAGGGAAGGGAAGGGGGAGUAACCGCAGGAGAAGCUCCUGGAGCGGAUGGGGGUCCAAAAGCAGGUGAUGAUGAAUACGACACGGGGAUUGGGUUCGCGCCUGAUGGGCGAAAGAAGACGCCGAAGUACGAGGAGAUGUUUCCGUUUGAGACGGUGCGGUAUGCUUACACUAAGCCGGAGAAGAUGAAGAUGAAGACGCGGGAGGAUGCGCUGGACGAGCGGGCGAAGAAGAAAGCGGAUAAGUACUGCAAGUGAGGAGGAGGAAGGAAGCAAGCCAUUUUUGUUCGAGGAGAUACUUUCUGUGCUGGGGAUAGUAAAGCACAUCAAGAGAAGUAGUGACCUAGUGUUAGGAACUGGCUGUGAUAGUCCACUUAAAGCUUAUCUCGGGAGGUUGGAGGAACACUUUUCUCUAGGAUAUGUUUUGAUGGAUCAUAUCACACGUUCCUGUUCAGGUUGGGUGAAUGUGUGAGAUACUGUGCUGUCUGAUAUGUUGCCAUU